AGCAAGUGUGGUGUAUGUUGAUUGUUGAUGUUGUUACCUACACUAAUCUAUUUUACUUCACACUCCUCCCUUCUCUUAAAACUCUAAAUGCGCUCGCUGCUACGCCUACGGUCCCUUUUGCAAGGCAGGCGGCCCAGGCCAUCAACAAUCACUCCCUUUCUCGACCUCGACUAUCUUUGCUGCUUCAUGGCCACCACCACCGGCACCACCGCUGAACCAAUGAGCCCCUCCAACACUCGAGUAGGUUGGAUCGGAACUGGGGUGAUGGGUCAAUCCAUGUGCGCUCAUCUCAUCAGGGCCGGCUUCUCCCUCACCGUCUACAACCGCACUCAAUCCAAAGCCCUACCCCUCCUUGAUAUGGGUGCCCAAUAUGCUCCUUCCCCUCUUGCCGUCGCUUCCUCCUCUGACGUCGUCUUCACCAUCGUCGGUUACCCAUCCGACGUCAAAUCCGUCCUCCUCGGCUCCUCCGGUGCCCUCCAUGGCCUCCGCCCCGGCGGCGUCCUUGUUGACAUGACCACUAGUGAUCCCUCCCUCGCUGUCGAGAUCUCCACCGCCGCCGCCUCCAAGGGCUGUGCCUCCGUCGAUGCUCCAGUCUCCGGUGGCGACCGCGGCGCUAAAUCGGGAACCCUAGCGAUCUUCGCCGGGGGUGAUGAAUCGGUGGUCCGGCGUCUCUCGCCCUUGUUUAAUUGCUUAGGCAAGGUGAAUUACAUGGGCGGGCCCGGGAAAGGGCAAUUCGCGAAGCUUGCCAACCAGAUAACAAUCGCUUCAACGAUGGUCGGGUUGGUAGAGGGAAUGGUCUAUGCCCACAAGGCAGGGCUAGAUGUGGAGUUGUACUUGAAUGCCAUUUCGACUGGAGCGGCCGGAUCAAAAUCCUUGGAUUUAUACGGCAGUAGGAUACUGAAGAGGGAUUUUGAAGCUGGCUUCUUCGUGAACCAUUUUGUGAAGGAUUUGGGGAUCUGUUUGAGGGAGUGUCAAAACAUGGGUCUUGCUUUGCCUGGCUUGGCUCUUUCUCAGCAGCUCUAUCUUUCGCUCAAGGCUCACGGAGAGGGGAAUUUGGGCGUCCAAUCACUUAUCUUGAUUCUCGAGCGUCUUAACAACAUUUCACUAGAGCUUGCAACUUCUUUACCACGUUCGACUUCUUAGAAUCAGUUUCUACACUAUUUCAAUUUCUCUCCUUCCAUGAAAGCUCUCCACUGAAGGAGCGAAAAUAAGCUGAAAGCUGAAACUCUUUGUCAACGAAUGAAGGAUAAACAAGGAAAGGAUAUACAAGGAUGGAGCCAGCUCCAUGCCCAUGUGUAUCCGGAUCCUAAAACAACUACUGCCAAAAGGGUUACGUUUAGGCCGGCUUGAUGUUAAACAAUGACCCUUUAUAUAUAUGCAAAUCUUCUGGUGCUUGACUGCUGGUUAGGUUCGGGUUCAAGCAUGGACCAGGUGGUUCCAGUUAAACUAUCCUAGCUAUAGAGAUGUCUAUUUGACCCACCCCCGUCAGGCACUUCUUUACAGGUUUUCUUACCAUUGGUUGGGAUUUGGAGCGGGUUCGGGRAAAUCCAAAAUUCUAAGGACCGGGGAUGGGGCAAGGAUGGUAUUUGUCCACCCUGCCCCGAUAUAUGUCUGUGGAGGUAUGUAUGUACAUGUAUUUUAGCAAUAAAAAUGUAUAAUUAUUUUUUAGAUUUAA